AUAUGUUUAUAAGUGACCAAGACAAUCUAUUAAUAUAUUUGCAGCAGAGUUUUUAAAAAUAAGUAAAAAAUCAUUCAGAGCUCUUUGAUAGGUAUAGACAGAAAUUACAAAUAUGGAAGGAAAAGAAAUGAAUUGGAAGAGAAAAUUAAGAUGUAAAAUUGGGAUGGGAGAGAGGCCAGAUGAUGAUGACAGAGGAUCUGAUGAAUAGGGAGCUGGAGGCGGAGAGAGGGAAAGAGGAAAGGCAAGGGAGAGAACUUGGCCCUGUCAGUUCUAGCUUCUGCAGAAGAGCAACAGUGCUGACUACCAUAGACACACCAACUGGGGGAAUACUCAAGAUUUUAAAGGAUGUCCUUACUAUGUCUAACAGUAUAUUUCCUUUUGUUUGCCUCGGUUUCUGGUGGUUUACUUGCAUCCUGAAAGACAGUGUCACAGAAACUUUGCCAAAGGUGAAUAUGACAGGAGCAAUUUCUGGAUAUUCUUUCAAGCAAUGCCCACACCAAAUAAGUGCUUGCAACAAAAAUGUUUACGUAGGCCUAGACAUGAAAGGAAUGAACUAUAAUGGCUCAUUUGCUGGGAGUGCACAAGAAUGUCAAGAGAGGUGCACAAAUGACAUCCACUGUCACUUUUUCACCUAUGCAACAAGGCAUUUCCCCAGCAUAGAGCAUCGGAACUUUUGUCUAUUGAAGCACACCCAAACAGGAACACCAACCAGUAUAAGAAACCUCAAUAAUGUGGUAUCUGGAUUUUCACUGAAAUCUUGUGCACUUUCAGAGCUGGCUUGUAUUAGGGACAUGUUCCCUAAUACAGUGUUCGCAGACAGUAACAUCCAGAGUGUUUUGGCUCCAGAUGCUUUUGUCUGUCGCCGCAUUUGUACUCAUCAUCCCAGUUGUUUGUUUUUUACCUUCUUUUCUCAAGAAUGGUCAAAAGAAUCUCAAAGAAAUCUUUGCCUCCUUAAAACAUCUGAAAGUGGAAUACCAACUACACGCAUUCAAAAGAACAAAGCUAUCUCUGGUUUUAGUCUCCAAAACUGCAGGCACAGCAUCCCAGUAUUUUGUCACUCUUCUUUUUACCUUGACACUGAUUUCUUGGGAGAGGAACUGGACAUUGCUGAUGUGAAAGGCCAUGAAGCCUGCCAGAAAAUGUGCACCAAUGCCAUCCGCUGCCAGUUUUUUACCUAUUCACCACCUCAAGAAUCCUGCAAUGAAAGGAAGGGAAAAUGUUACUUAAAACUUUCUUCAAAUGGAUCUCCAACUAAAAUACUUCAUGGGAGAGGCGGCAUCUCUGGAUAUACAUUAAGGCUAUGUAAAAUGGAUAAUAUAUGCACAACCAAAAUAAAGCCCAGAAUUGUUGGAGGAACUGUGUCUGUUCGUGGUGAGUGGCCAUGGCAGAUAACUCUGCAUAUCACAGCACCCUCCCGGGGACACUUGUGUGGAGGAUCCAUCAUUGGAAACCAGUGGAUACUAACAGCUGCUCAUUGUUUCGAUGGGGUAGAAUCACCUAAAAUUCUGCGUAUCUAUGGUGGCAUAGUAAAUCAAUCUGAAAUAAAUGAAGAUACUCCUUUCUUUGGGGUACAAGAAAUAAUAAUUCAUGAUCAAUAUAAAAUGGUAGAAAGUGGGUAUGAUAUUGCCUUGCUCAAACUGGAAACAAGCAUGAAUUACACAGAUUCUCAACGACCCAUAUGCCUACCUUCCAAAGGAGAUAGAAAUGUAAUAUAUAAUGACUGCUGGGUGACUGGAUGGGGAUACACAAAAUUAAGAGACAGUAUAAAAAACACUCUCCAGAAAGCUGAGAUACCUUUGGUGUCAAAUGAAGAAUGCCAGGCAAGAUACAGAAAGCAUAAAAUAACCAACAAGAUGAUCUGUGCAGGCUACAGCGAAGGGGGGAAGGAUGCUUGCAAGGGAGAUUCUGGGGGUCCCCUGUCCUGCAAGCACAAUCAGGUCUGGCAUCUGGUGGGCAUAACGAGCUGGGGUGAAGGCUGUGGUCAGAGAGGACGACCAGGCGUUUACACCAAUGUGGUCAAGUACCUGGACUGGAUUCUGGAGAAAACUCAAUCACUGUGAAAGAGGUUCCAGGUCCAUUUGACCCCCGAGGGGCAAAACAGAUUGUUCCCUGGAAGAGGCCUCCUAUUUUACUGAAGAAAACACGGUGAUGUCAUCUGUCCCCCAUAGUCAUGCGUGGAAUGGGCUUGAUGUUUCUAAGAAAAUAUUUAAAAACUGUGUGCUGAAAACUCUCAUUCGAUAAUAAUCAUGAUUUAUUUUCAGUAUCCAGUCUCUUGCUUUUCAAUUACACUUUUACUCAGCCAAGGAAAUCCUGUAAGGAUAUAUUUUUGCAGAUUAUUCCAUGACAGCUAUUCCAGAAAACUAUCAAAAAAUGGCUCCAAGGGACCAGGUAGAACUGCUGAAAGGAACCCACCACAGAAAAAUAAUUGUUAAAGAAAAAAAAAUGGAAAUUGUAAGAAAUGGGAACAAAGACAGUCAUCAUCAAUUUGCAAGAUUCCAUACUCUGCCUGUGAGAACACAUUUCUUGUGUAAAGAAAUAAUUUCACUUCUUUGUC